AUGACCGAGACUGCUACAUCUUGGAAGCUGCCUGUGGGCCAAUUUUCGCCGAAAGACAAGGGCAGCUUUUCCUAUACAACGGUGGCGAAGCGAUGGCCGACCAUUCUCACUCAGAUCGUCUCUACACUCUCAAACGAGAUACACCAUGUUACCACAUCCAAAGAGUCGGAAUCAGAAGCCAGCAAGGAGAAAAUUGAGGAAGGCAAGGAGAUCAUCAGGUCUAUCAGCGAGUUGAAGCAUGAUAUGGGCAGGAACAAGGUGUUAUCACCGAUAGAAGAUGAUGGUGGCUCGAAUGUCGACUGCUACAACGAACAUCUGAAAGCCCUUGACGGGACAGACGAUACCUGGUUUACCGCCGCUUGGCUCUUUGCGGAAUGCUACCUAUAUCGGCGUCUGAGAACAUACUUUGCUAAGACAAAGCAUUGGAACCAGUUCGACCCGUUCUUCACCCAGAAAGCCGAUACCUACAAAUCGAGCUCUACUGCCAUCAUCCAUUUGGCCAAGAGCUUGAAAAAGCUGGAUGGCGAACAGGACGAGUUGUUGCAGGGUUACAAGGAGAAGGGAUCCGCGAUGGAAGUCGUCUUCUAUGAGAUGAUGCAAGCCGCUUUGUGGGGAAACGCCACCGACCUGUCGCUCCUCGUCGAUCUGUCGUACUCGGACCUCCAAAAACUGCAACAACUCGGUUCGGCCAGUCAAGCGGAGCAAGCCAAGUUUAUCCUUCGGAAUGAUCUGGAAAAGGUGUGGGCGAUCGUCAAGAACGUCAAGAACGGUCGGGUUGAUAUCGUGCUUGACAACGCCGGAUUUGAGCUUUACACCGAUCUUAUCUUGGCCGACUUCCUGCUCAGAACUCCUUGUGUCUCGGAAGUAGUCUUCCACCCGAAGGAUAUCCCUUGGUUCGUUUCGGACGUGAUGCCAUAUGACUUCUCCUGGGCUAUCGAUUCGCUGGCGGAUCAAACCUUCUUUGCCAAACACACCGAAGGACUAGAGCAAGAGGAUCUCGACAUCCUCUCGGCUCUUUCCGCUCGAUGGCGCGAGCAUCUCUCGGCCGGACGGUUCAAACUGUCCGUACCGUUGGACACCCCCAUCGGAAAGGUUACCGACCUGGGUGGGUUCUGGACGACGCAACACCCUUAUCAGCGUAUUCCCGAGAAAGAUCCCAAACUCCAGAAAGAGCUUCAAAAAUCAGACUUGGUCAUCCUCAAGGGUGAUUUAAAUUACCGAAAACUCGUCGCGGAUGGCAAGUGGAAUCCUACGACGCCGUUUGACACCGCGCUAGGACCGAUGGCAGGCCAAGUCAAUCUGCUAAGCCUGCGUACCAACAAGGCCGAUCCGAUCGUUGGCUUACCUGAAGGGACCGCUGAGCGACUCGACAAGGAACACGCGAACUGGCGAGUCGAUGGAAAGUACGCUGUCGUCUCUUUCUCGCAAAGGACGCAAUAG